AUGACACCUGGAAAUGAGUGGGAUAUGGAGAUAAAAUGUCGCCCCAUAUUGCAUGGAGCCCAAGGUGUGUCCAAUCAGAGAAGAAACUGGAGAAGCCUGAUGGUGGUCUACCCCGAAACUGAAGAGCAAUUAAAACACAAUGACAUUGAGGUAACACUACCAUCCCUGCAGGAGGACGUCGAGAUCGCUGCGUUCGGAAGACCAGGAAAAGAGGACAAGAAAAGAAUGCAAAUGGCGAUCCUUGCUAAACAACCAAAACAAGGAAGAGACUGGCAGAUUUGGGUUUAUCUUGUAGAUGAUACAAGUCCAGCCUGUGAGGUAUAGGGUGCUAUUAUCAUUGUUUAUUUUGUUUUGUUUGUUUGUUUGUUUGUUUAAAAUGUUACCACCAUAGUUUCUUUACCAUGAUUGCAAAACGAUAAUGUCCAAUUAAAAGCACAAUUUCUUAAUUUAAGUUGUUUCCACCCACUGAUACGAAAACUGAUUUCUACAUGUUAUUUCUCUUUCUCGUGUAAACAGAAAAUGUUUCAGGAUGAAGACGAAAGAGGAAACAAACUACUGACACCACUUGCUGGAAUAUUUGUCUCUAAGAGCAAUAAAGACAUCAAAAUUGAACUCAGUAAACUGGAGCUUGGAUGGAAAAUCAGAGGAAGCAAUGUAAAGGUGCGAAUAGGGAACUUAGCUGUUAACAGUUUGGCCUCCUUAAUGAUAUUUUAAUACUUAAAAGUAUUGAUUAAAAUCCACGUGGCUUUUUAUCCGCGACAGAUUUGGAUAAGUUGGUAGGGCUGUCAGAGUCUCUAGAGCGAGAGAAUUUAGUCCCGAUUCUCAAGACAAUACUGCUACUUAGGGUUUCUUUGUUUUUGCUGUUGUUGUUUGUUUGUCGAAAUAGGAUGCUGCCCUUUCCAAGGCGAGGGUUCCGUGUAGUUUGGAUGUCACAUACAAAAAAAGCGAAAAACGCAGUGCCCUAAGUUACAUGUGGCUGUUUGGUGAUGAUAUAGAUCAACACUUAACCAAAGCGAGAAUUUCAUCAGUGAAAAUAAUCGGCCCUGCCUCUGGAGGCUAUGGAGGUCUGAGUUCUAAAGUAAUGAAAACUGGGCUUGGCUCUGACCACUACCUAUUCGUCAUGUUGCUUAUAUUUUAGUGAUUAAUCAAUAAUUAAAAAACAAAAGAUUAACUUAGUUUGAUCACUUGAAUUGUUUUUGUUUUGUUUUUCAUGAUUUGCAUUUCAAUUUNUAGUGAUUAAUCAAUAAUUAAAAAACAAAAGAUUAACUUAGUUUGAUCACUUGAAUUGUUUUUGUUUUGUUUUUCAUGAUUUGCAUUUCAAUUUUCUCUUUAGACAAUCAAAUCAACUCACGCAUGGAAUUCGUCGGGAAACUCCGUAGAUUUUCCACGCUGCUAUUUCGAAAUAAGUCACGUGAAUAGUACCAAGCAUUCAUUCUUCUGUGGAAAAGAAGCUUCUCACGAAGGAGACAGUACACAAGCAGAAGUUCUGGCGUAUUUUAAACGAGUGAGUGUUAACUUAAAAAAAAUACUGCUGUGUCACAUAAUUAAUCUCUCUUAAUUUAUGAUCAUAUUUUUUCAUAUUUAUUUUUUAGCAAAGUGGUCAGAAAAUCGUCCAACCCUCUAACAAUUCUCGCAAACUGGGUAAUACGUGCAACUCUGUUUCAAAAGGUAAGCUUCGAUUAGACCGUAUGAAAAAAAAAAUGUAUCGUCACUUUGAAGUACGAUACAAUUCAGAGACCAGUAGUAAAACAAAGGCCUCUGCUUAAUACAUAGCUCGUUUAACCUGUAUAAUGAAUUUUCAUAUUGUAUUUCUGGGCUUCAUACAUUGUUUUGAAUAUCACCUCUCAAUAUUUCUUUCUUUCUUUCUUUUUUUCUUACAGAGACUAAAACCAUGUUUCCAUUACUUGAAGUUUUCUUUCUGCUUUAUGCACUUUUUGCUUCGGGCUUCAAUACCACACACGUUACAGGUAAGCUUGCUUUAUAAAUUUCAGUAUAAGUUUGGCUUGCUGACAUUGUUUGCAUGUUUUUUUAAAAAGAUAAUGACAGUAGUGUAAGUAAACUUUUCAAAAACUUGAAAAUCGUUUACAUGCGUAAAAUAAAUAAGCAUCAAAUCUAGUAUAUAACUGCAAAUACGUUUCCUUUCAUUUCACUUACAGCAAGCAUAAUAAUCUCACAAUCUUUGUUUUAAAUUUUAACAGGAUCAAAUUCAACUUAUCAGCAAUUUACGACAAAGAAGGAUUUACAAGAUCUUACCAAUUCCAAGCCGCCUGACAUCUUCCCUUCCACUGGAAUGCCUCGUUCCGGGGCGCUGGUAAAGCGCAGGAAAGCAGGAUUCGCCAGCUGGGGUCCAACUGUCCAACAAGACCACCCGCACUGUGCAACUGCAAGAAAGCCGAUCGCCUCGGAACGAGGAAAUACAAUACAAAUAUUCCAAAAACAACGUUCACAAGAAGUCUACUAGAAGAGUAAACAAGAAACAAGAAAAAAGCCGAUUACAAAAGAAAGAAAGAAAGAAAGAAAAAUAAUCAUCACCAAUUAAGGUCAACGAAGAAUAGCUUAAGUACUCAUUGUUCAACUAAGCUACACCUUAUAGCAAUCAAAUUAUAAACUGGUUAUUCUCAUUAUUUCCUCAUUAAACUACAAGUACCAAACUUCAUUUAAUUUUUCCUAAGAGACGGUGACUCGCUUAGAUUUAUUUAUUUUUGUUUCUAUUUUUACUGACCGCUUACUAUGCUGUUUGUUGUUGAGCGAAAUUUAGCUGAAACGCUUUUGAUCUGGCUCUAUUGCAUUCAUCAACAUUCAACAUGUUUCGUGGUAGUUUCAACAUUAAGUGAUUGCAAAUAAUCAGUCACAUUCCUAUUUAGAGGUAGCAGUCAUUUUGAUAACCGCAAAUAUGUUCUUUUUAUUUAUGGCACCUUUCAUGGUAAAGUUUGAAAGCACAAAAAAUUCAAGUCGUACCAUAGUCUGCAGUGAGCAAAUAAAAACCUAACAUUUUAGAGAACAAAAAAUUGACUUUUUUGUUGUUGUUACCAAUACCGUAUUUAUUCGAUUAACCGCCCUGGGCGCUUAUUAAAUUUUUGGACCUUGAGAGUGGGCGCUUAUUCGAGGUGGGCGCUUAUUCGAGGCUGGGCGCUUAUUAAAUUUUCACCAUUUUCAGCAAGAGUAGUAUGUUAAUCUUGCAACAAUACAGUAAAUGGUAAUAAUAAAACGCGAAGAUGUGACAAAGCAAGGUUUCUGUAAAAUACUCUGAAGAAAACUCCGUCUUCGGGCAAGUCUCUUAUUAGUACUUAUUUAAGGUUUUUUGGAAGGGAGGGACCAGAAAGGGGGUGGGCACUUAUUUAGUUUUAGUUUGAGGGGAAGGGAGGUGGGGUGGGGGUGGGCGCUUAUUCAAGGCUGGGCGCUUAUUAAAGUUUUCUGCCUUCAGGAUGGGCGCUUGUUCGAGGUGGGCGCUAAUUCGAGGUUGGGCGCUUAUUAAAGUUUUCUGCCUUCAGGAUGGGCGCUUGUUCGAGGUGGGCGCUAAUUCGAGGUUGGGCGCUUAUUGGAAUAAAUACGGUAUGUACAUACCGCAAUGUAUUCGUGUAUACACGUUGGCGCUGUUUUGUUCUUGUGUUGUUUUCGUUUUGCUUUUUUUAUUGUUUUGUGGAUUAGCGGUCCACGCGAAAUUUGAUAGCACUGUUUUUCUGUACACGUGUGGACGGAAGAAAAGNUUCGAUUAACCGCCCUGGGCGCUUAUUAAAUUUUUGGACCUUGAGAGUGGGCGCUUAUUCGAGGUGGGCGCUUAUUCGAGGCUGGGCGCUUAUUAAAUUUUCACCAUUUUCAGCAAGAGUAGUAUGUUAAUCUUGCAACAAUACAGUAAAUGGUAAUAAUAAAACGCGAAGAUGUGACAAAGCAAGGUUUCUGUAAAAUACUCUGAAGAAAACUCCGUCUUCGGGCAAGUCUCUUAUUAGUACUUAUUUAAGGUUUUUUGGAAGGGAGGGACCAGAAAGGGGGUGGGCACUUAUUUAGUUUUAGUUUGAGGGGAAGGGAGGUGGGGUGGGGGUGGGCGCUUAUUCAAGGCUGGGCGCUUAUUAAAGUUUUCUGCCUUCAGGAUGGGCGCUUGUUCGAGGUGGGCGCUAAUUCGAGGUUGGGCGCUUAUUAAAGUUUUCUGCCUUCAGGAUGGGCGCUUGUUCGAGGUGGGCGCUAAUUCGAGGUUGGGCGCUUAUUGGAAUAAAUACGGUAUGUACAUACCGCAAUGUAUUCGUGUAUACACGUUGGCGCUGUUUUGUUCUUGUGUUGUUUUCGUUUUGCUUUUUUUAUUGUUUUGUGGAUUAGCGGUCCACGCGAAAUUUGAUAGCACUGUUUUUCUGUACACGUGUGGACGGAAGAAAAGGAAA